AUGUCCUGGCAGACCAUGCAGGCAACACUGUAUUUGUGCGAUGGAUCGCAGUUCUCGGGCCAUCUUUUCGGUGCCACCAAAAGUGUUGUUGGUGAAAUUGUUUUCCAAACCGGUAUGGUCGGCUAUGUAGAAUCGCUAACUGAUCCUAGUUAUGCCGAACAACUUCUCGUGUUAACAUACCCUAUUAUUGGAAACUAUGGAGUUCCAAGUCAAUCGGAAACAGAUUCACUGGGAUUGCCCAUGCAUUUCGAGAGCAAUCGUGUCUGGCCAGCUGCGUUGAUUGUGGAUAAGAUUUGUCCAGAAAAUGAGCACAGUCACUGGAAAGCCUUAGAAUCUCUCAGCUCGUUUUUACGAAGAGCUGGUGUUCCAGGUUUGGCAGGAAUCGACGUUAGGAAGCUCACAAAGAAGAUUAGAGAAGUAGGAACUAUGAAGGCCAAGAUAGUGAUUGAAGGCGACGAGCCUUUGAAGUAUGCUUUUCGCGACAUUAAUGAAAACAAUUUGGUUGCAGCCGUCUCACGAAAGAUGCCUCAGACAUUUGGUUCUGGUAAAAACACAGUUCUGGCAGUGGACUGUGGAAUGAAGAAUAACCAAAUUCGGUGUAUGGUGGAACGAGGCAUGCGCGUGAAAGUUGUACCAUGGGAUUAUCGAUUCGAAAACGAAGCAUUUGACGGAUUGUUCCUCUCCAAUGGCCCAGGCGAUCCAGAAAAGUGCUCUCUUUUGAUUGAUCGGCUGACUGAACUUUUGGGGAAGACCACAAAACCCGUGUUUGGUAUCUGUCUUGGUCAUCAAUUGCUAGCACGCGCUGCUGGAGCUCAGACAUACAAGCUCAAAUACGGUAAUCGAGGUCAUAAUCAACCUUGCACUCAUGAAGCCACAGGACGUUGUUUCAUCACGUCACAGAAUCAUGGCUUUGCUGUUGACCCGAAGACGUUACCAGCCGGUUGGCAGCCGCUUUUCACAAACGAAAAUGACGGCACAAAUGAAGGUAUUGUGCACGAGUCGAAGCCGUUCUUCAGUGUACAGUUCCAUCCGGAACACACCGGCGGUCCAGCUGAUUGUGAAUUCCUCUUCAACGUAUUCGCCGAAGCCAUCGAUUUAGUGAAAAAGGGAAUGCAUUGCAGUGUGGAUGAGUUGCUCACGUCUUAUAUACGCUACGAUUCAAGUUACCAAAUACGUAAACAGCGAAAAGUACUCGUUCUCGGUUCUGGAGGUCUAACGAUUGGGCAAGCCGGAGAGUUUGACUACUCAGGAGCUCAGGCGCUGAAAGCGUUGAAAGAGGAAGGAGUUCGUACUGUACUAAUCAAUCCGAAUGUGGCAACUGUACAAACGUCGAAAGGUUUCGCGGAUUUCACCUAUUUCUUACCGAUUACAAAGGAAUAUGUCACUGAUGUGAUCAAAAAGGAACGUCCAACUGGCAUACUGGUUACCUUCGGUGGCCAGACUGCGCUUAACUGCGCCAUUGACCUUUAUAAGGAUGGCGUUUUUGAGAGUUACGAUGUUGAGGUACUGGGCACACCAAUCGAAACCAUCAUGAAUACGGAAGACCGCGACCGAUUCAAUAAGGAGGUGAUUAGUAUAGGUGAACAGGUGGCACCAAGCCAUGCCGCUACCACUUUACAAGGCGCUAUAGAGGCAGCUGAGAAGAUCGGUUAUCCAGUACUAGUUCGAGCCGCUUUUGCUCUGGGAGGCCUUGGUUCAGGUUUUGCUGAGAACCGCUCCGAGCUUGUAGCGAUCGCACAACAGGCACUGGCCCAUUCAGAUCAGGUGCUGAUCGACAAAAGUCUCAAAGGAUGGAAAGAGGUCGAAUAUGAAGUGGUUCGUGAUGCAUACGAUAAUUGCAUUACUGUUUGUAAUAUGGAAAAUAUCGAUCCGCUAGGUAUUCACACCGGAGAAUCUGUCGUGGUAGCUCCAUCUCAAACCUUGUCCAACAAGGAGUACAAUAUGUUGCGAACAUGUGCAAUCAAAGUCAUCCGCCACCUAGGAAUUGUCGGAGAAUGUAAUAUACAGUAUGCCUUGGAUCCGUUUUCGCACACGUACUACAUCAUCGAAGUGAACGCCAGACUAUCUCGAUCGUCUGCGUUGGCCUCCAAGGCAACCGGAUACCCGCUAGCUUAUGUGGCUGCGAAGUUGGCACUCGGCCAGAAACUCCCAGUCAUAAGGAACAGUGUCACAGGUACCACAACGGCAUGCUUCGAACCAUCGCUGGAUUACUGCGUAGUGAAAAUACCUAGAUGGGAUCUCGGCAAAUUUGCCCGAGUUAGCCAGCAGAUUGGUAGCUCGAUGAAAUCCGUGGGUGAGGUGAUGGGCAUUGGUAGGUCGUUCGAAGAGGCAUUCCAAAAGGCGCUUCGGAUGGUUAGCGAUCAUGCAGAUGGCUUCUCACCGGAUGCGUUCCAUAGAAAGCCGACCAAUGAGGACCUUUCAAAUCCGACAGACAAACGUAUGUUUGCAAUCGCUCGUGGUAUGUUCUAUGGCGAUUUCAACGUCGAGAAAACCUACGCCCUGACACAUAUCGAUAGAUGGUUCCUAUAUAGGAUGCACAAUAUCGUGGACAUAUAUCAUAAGCUGCUGAAGGAAACGUUGAUGACGUUGUCUCCUGAACUUCUCCUUGAGGCUAAACAAGCAGGUUUUUCGGACAGGCAAAUUGCCAAAAUGGUUGAUAGACGUGUGCGCCUAAAUGUGACACCAUGGGUGAAACAGAUAGAUACGGUAGCCGGAGAAUGGCCAGCACAGACCAAUUACCUCUACGUCACCUAUAAUGGAGCAGAAAACGAUAAGAAUGCAGUUAUCGUGCUUGGAUCAGGUGUGUACCGCAUUGGAUCGUCAGUUGAGUUUGACGCUUCUUGUGUCGGAUGUGUCAGAGAGCUGAAAGCGCUUGGGUAUCAAACAAUAACUGUCAACUGCAACCCGGAAACGGUCUCGACGGAUUACGAUAUCUGUGAUCGACUAUACUUCGAGGAGAUCUCUUUCGAAACGGUCAUAGAUAUCUACCAUAUGGAGAAACCUAAAGGCAUCAUACUGGCAUUCGGAGGUCAAGCUCCAAAUAACAUUGCAAUGAGCCUCAGUAAGGCCCAGGUGAGCAUCUUUGGCACGUCGCCAAACGAUAUUGACAGCGCCGAAGACCGUUACAAAUUCAGUAGAAAGCUGGAACAUUUGCAAAUCAGCCAACCGCAGUGGAAGAAAAGCGAUGAUGUGGAAGAUGCCAAGCAAUUCUGUGCAAAAGUUGGCUAUCCAUGUCUUAUUCGACCAUCUUACGUAUUAUCCGGUGCAGCCAUGAAUGUUGCUCACACAGAAGACGACCUGGCUGCGUUCUUGAAACAGGCAGCUGUCGUCGCCAAAGAACAUCCUGUGGUUGUAUCGAAAUUUAUAAGCGAAGCGAAGGAAAUAGACGUUGAUGCAGUCGCUAUGGAAGGUGAAGUGCUGGUAAUGGCUGUAUGUGAGCAUGUGGAAAAUGCCGGAAUUCAUUCGGGUGAUGCAACCUUAGUCACUCCUCCACAAGAUCUCAACCAGGUCACCUUGAAUCGGAUUCAAGAAAUCACAGUUCAAAUUGCUUCUGCCUUCAACGCAAAUGGGCCAUUCAAUAUGCAGCUUAUUGCCAAGGAUAAUGAGCUAAAAGUAAUUGAAUGCAAUCUUCGAGUCUCACGGUCGUUCCCAUUUGUCACAAAGACGCUUGACUUUGACUUUGUCGCUUUGGCCACCCGAGCGAUGAUGGCAGCGGACAAUCCGGCGAUAGCUAGUUCGUUGAAAAAGCAUGGUCUGCUCCGAGGCAAAGCACGUGUCGGUGUGAAGGUGCCACAGUUCUCAUUUUCUCGUCUAACAGGCGCUGACGUGAUGCUUGGCGUAGAGAUGGCAUCUACUGGAGAGGUUGCCUGCUUUGGGAAACAUCGUCAGGAAGCGUAUUUAAAAGCACUGCUUUCGACUGGAUUUGUUGUCCCAAAGAAGAACAUCCUUCUAUCGAUUGGAGGGUACCAUGCAAAGUCCGAGAUGUUGCGCAGUGUACAGCUGCUGCAAGACAUGAAUUUUGAUCUGUUCGGUUCGAAAGGCACAGCGGACUAUUUCCAAUCGAAUAACAUUCAUGUGACGGCCGUCGAUUGGCCUUUUGAAGAAGGAACAUCUGAUCAAAAGAUGGCCGCAGGAACGAGAAGCGUGGCGGAGUUCUUCGAGAAUAAAGAGUUCCAUUUGGUUAUAAAUCUUCCAAUUCGUGGAUCUGGCGCCUAUCGAGUUUCAGCUUACAGAACGCCUGGAUAUAAAACCAGAAGAAUGGCAGUCGACAAUGGAAUUCCACUAAUCACUGACAUCAAGUGUGCUAAACUGUUUAUUGAGGUCUGUUGUUUUUUCUUCGCCAAGGCAGCUUCGUACUUUUGUUACUAG